AUGGCUAAACCAUUUUCUGAUUCUGUCAAGUACAAAUCUCAGAAGACUGAAGAUAAUCAUGAAAUUUCCGUUCAGUCAUUGAAAUUCGCUGAUAAAAGAGUUCUAUUUGUCAAGUUUGAUGGUGAAGUCGAUAUUACAUACGAUGUCCAAGCACCAGAUUCAAAAUCAUUAUACGAUAUAUUAUCAAGCUCAACCAUAUCCAAUGACUUCACUUGUGAUAAGACAUGUCUCAUGGGCGAUGGGUCCAAUAUUAAAGUUGCUGUUAUAAUAAAUCAUAUUGCUAAAUUACUUUAUUCGACAAGCGAAAGAACAGGAUUAAUAAUUUCUAUUAGUUCUAAAUUAUUCAAAAAUCAACAAACCUCAAAUUCUAAAGAUUUCGAUAUAUUAAUACAAAUACUAUCAUUGAUCAAAGAAGUCAUAAAUUAA